AUGAAUAGAGUUCACCAGAUUAUCAUUAUCUUUAAGAAUCACGAUAUGAGAGCGAGAUACAAGAUCAGGGUUCCAUCAAUCCCGGAAACUCGCUGGCUCUACAUAUAUGAUACUCUGUUUUUCAUCUUUGAUAAUCUGGAAACAAUUAAUACUGCUUUAAGAAGUGGAGAUCUUCCACUAUCCCUUUCCAGAGCUACACGUGAACAGUUACAAUGGACACGUGAUGGAAUUCCUCCACUCUUUAAAGAUGCUUUAAUGAUAUUCAAGCCAUUAAAGCAACUUCAAUUAUGGCUGGAAUCCAACAAGUCCAUGGGUGCUUAUGCAUUCCUGAUGAUACAACAGUGCCAAGGGAUGUUGGAUGAAAUGGCAGGAAGAUUAACGCCAGAUGGUGAAGAGAUUCUCCGAUCAAUCACUACAAUAUUCAAAAAUGAUAUGAAAGAAUAUGGUAGAAUUGAUUUGCUUCGGUUUGCUUUCGGCUUUACACCGUUAGCAAGGAAGAUCAUCAGAGACAAGAAGGGUUUUGGAGGAAAGACAAGCUAUCCACCUAUAAUGCAGUUGAAAGAUGUGCAAGUCCCAACGAUUCCUUCCCUGAGGAUCAUCAAUCGCGAGAUCACAUUUGAGAAACUCGGCGAAAUCCUUGAAGAAGAACGAACAGAACGUGUUGACGAGGUAGCCGAGCAUGAUGAAGAGAUCCAGCAAGCAGAAGAGGAACAAAUGCUUAACGACGAUCAUGCAGCCGAAACAAAUGCCGAUGGUUCGAGGAAUUCCUUGGUCUGGGAUGUUGUAG